AUGAAAAAGAAGUAUCAAGGGAACGUGAAGGCAAAGCGGGUGCAGCUUCAAGGUCUUCGAACCAAAUUCGAGACUCUACGAAUGAAGACAAGCGAGUCGGUGAUUGAUUUCUUUGCAAGAACAAUGACAAUCGCCAACAAAAUGCGGAUCCAUGGAGAAAAAAUGGAGGACGUCACCAUUGUGAAAAAGAUUCUUCGAUCAAUGACACCGAAGUUUAAUUUCGUUGGAUGUUCCAUAGAAGAAUCCAAAGAUAUUGAUAAUCUUUCAAUUGAUGAGUUGCAGAGCUCUUUGCUGGUUCAUGAGCAAAAAGUUACCAAGCAAGAAAAAGAGGAGCAAGUAUUGAAGGCUUCAACUGAAAAUCAGUCAACAUUCAAAGGAGAUAGAGGACGAGGAAGAUGGCGAUUUAAAGGAAGAGGAAGCAACGAUCGUGGCAGACAACAAAAACACCAUCAAUAA